CAAGUUAGUAGCGCAGUGGAGGAGCGCUUACAUUCCAUCAUGUCAACUUAGUUCGCUAUUUCCAUGCCAAGGAACACGAUAACGAGUUCAUACCGACUCAAAAAGAAGGAAUACUCAUCCUGGAGUUUUGCGAAAUGGGAAAUCUGGAGGCAUAUUUGGCGAAUAAGCGGCAGCAAAACGUGACGCCUCCGCUGCCACUUGUCGCUGUGAAAUCCUGCGUACACGAUAUCCUGCAAGGACUGAGUUAUCUUCAUGCCGACGAGAACAAGGUCGCCCACACCGAUUUAAAACCGGCGAACAUUCUCUUAACAGUGAGGGAUGGCGUGAUCGUCACCAAGAUCGCCGACAUCGAUGAUCACGUCGCGAUCAUUGCCACGAUGACCCGCUCCGAAGUGAAGGACACCCGAGGAACGGAAAGGUAUCAGUCGCCGGAAAUCCUCCAGGCCAAAUAUGACUUACUGCGUGUAGGACGCAAAACCGAUAUCUGGAGUGUGGGAGUUAUCGUUGUCGAAUUAGGACGGGGGAGUUUGCCGUUUAAAUUAAUCAAGAUGGAUGGGGUACGCCCAGUGAGGACGGAUUAUAUGAUUGUUGAACAGCGGUCGCUGCCGAUGCAGGUGCGCGAUUUCAUCGUGCAGAACGGAGUACCGGAUAUUCCGCAGACGGAAAUUUUGAAAGGAUUCACUAAACUGGAGCAAUGUUUUAAACGAUCUGGGAUGGAUAGGCCGAAAGCGGUGGAGCUGCUGCAGGAUCCGUGGUUUAAGGGCGGGCCUUGGCAGUGGCGUGCUUAGCCACUUGAUAC